AUGGCAGGUGGAGGAUUUGUUGAUGCAGGAUCUCUCAAGAGAGCUCAUCUCUACGAGUACAAGAUUACUUGGUACUUCAUUUUUUCAUGCAUCGUUGGAGCUCUUGGUGGCUCUCUCUUUGGAUAUGAUCUUGGUGUUUCAGGUGGAGUUACUUCCAUGGAUGAUUUCCUGAAAGAAUUCUUCCCCCAAGUGUAUGAGAGGAAGCAUUCACAUCUGCAGGAAACAAAUUAUUGUAAAUAUGAUGAUCAAAUAUUGACACUUUUUACUUCCUCUCUGUACUUUGCGGCCCUUAUUGCCACUUUCGGUGCUUCUAGCCUAACAAAAAACAAAGGAAGGAGGGCUAGUAUCAUUGUUGGCUCCGUAAGCUUCUUUGUAGGAGCUGUCCUAAAUGCUUUUGCCAAGAACAUUGCAAUGUUGAUCAUUGGGAGAAUCCUUCUUGGCAUAGGCAUUGGAUUUGGUAACCAAGCUGUUCCCUUGUACCUAUCUGAAAUGGCUCCUGCAAAAGUCAGAGGAGCAGUGAACCAACUAUUCCAACUCACAACUUGCUUGGGAAUUUUGGUUGCUAACCUUGUGAAUUAUGGUACCGAGAAACUUCAUCCAUGGGGAUGGAGGUUGUCUCUUGGUUUAGCUACAGUUCCUGCAAUUGUCAUGUUUUUGGGUGGUUUGUUGUGUCCUGAGACACCUAACAGUCUUGUGGAACAAGGCAAAUUGGAGGAGGGAAGAAGGGUUUUGGAGAGAGUUAGGGGUACCCCCAAUGUUGAUGCUGAAUUUGAAGAUCUUGUUAAUGCUAGCAAAGAAGCACAGGCCAUCAAGAACCCAUUCCAAAACCUCCUUCUAAGAAAGAACAGACCCCAAUUAAUAAUUGGUGCCGUGGCUAUUCCUGCAUUCCAACAGCUAACUGGCAACAACUCCAUCCUCUUCUAUGCUCCUGUCAUUUUCCAGACUGUAGGCUUUGGCUCUGGGGCAGCUCUAUAUUCAUCUGUUAUUACUAGUGUGGCACUUGUUAUUGCCACCUUGAUCUCAAUGUUCUAUGUUGACAAGUUUGGUAGGAGAGUUUUCUUUUUGGAAUCUGGCGCUCAAAUGUUUUGCUGCAUGGUUGCCACAGCAAUUGUUUUGGCUCUUUGUUUUGGCAAAGGCAAAGAAUUGUCAUUUGGGGUUGGUAUCUUUUUGGUUAUUGUGAUUUUCUUGUUUGUGUUGGCAUAUGGAAGAUCUUGGGGUCCCUUGGGAUGGUUGGUUCCCAGUGAGCUUUUCCCAUUAGAGAUAAGGUCAGCUGCACAAAGUGUUGUGGUGUGUGUUAACAUGGCCUUCACUGCAAUUGUGGCACAAUUCUUCCUCGUAUCACUUUGCCACCUUAAAUAUGGAAUCUUCUUGCUGUUUGGGGGCUUGGUGUUCCUUAUGAGCUGCUUUGUCUUCUUCUUCUUGCCGGAAACCAAACAAGUUCCAAUUGAGGAGAUUCACUUGUUGUUUGAGAAGCACUGGUUCUGGAAGAAAAUUGUUGGAGAUGCAAAUCAAGAGAAUUCAGUUGGCCAUUUAUAA